CGUAAUGACACCCGUGGAGGAGGCGCUGCUUUCGCUCGAUGCUUGGAACGUCGAGCUGUGUUGCGAAGGCGUGCAACUACGGCGAGCCGAGCCGGUUGCGUGGCCCCAGUCGCGCCGCGCAACACGAAAAGGCCGAGAGAAUUCGCUGGCCGAGGCUGCAGACUAUACGUUGGUGACUCACGGCGGUUCAUUCAACGCUACGGCAUUGCAUCGUGACGGAAAGCAGCUGUGACAACUCCCAGAAAUGUCGUCUUCCGCGGUGUAUCACUCUUCUGGCUGGCUGAGCUUGAACGGGGUGGCUGGAGCGGCAUCGUUCUUCGCUUGGGCUCUUGCGUGGUGCAUCUCAGUAGUGGUCUCAGUGGUCAUGGCUGUCCUGCUUAUAGUGAAGUUCAUACAGUUGAGAAAGCUCCGCAACCUGAAGGGUGUGCCAUGCAGAUGGGAACCACUGCCUUACGUCAACCUGUUGUCGUUAUGCAAAAGCUGCUCACAAGGAGGACCAACGUGGUUAAGCGCAUCUCUGUUUGCUGCUGUCGUCGGUUUUCACCGUGUUUAUAAAAAGCAAGGGAUGCAUAUGUUUUUUAUUGGGACCACGCCAUCAGUCAGCCUCCAGAAAGCAGAGUUUGUAGAGGAAGUGCUCUCGAGCAGUUCACUUCUCGCAAAGGGGCCGGAGUACGGACUGCUACACAACUGGUUGGGAACUGGCCUACUUACAAGUACAGGCAACAAGUGGAGAGCAAGGAGACGAAUGUUUACUCCGGCAUUCCAUUUUCGCAUCCUCGAAGACUUCCGCUCGACCAUAAACACUCAGUCAACUGUGCUUGCCGACAAGCUUGGGAAAAUGUGUUCACCCGGCAAGCGCACUGACAUCGUACCGUUGGUCACGCUGUGCACCUUAGACAUCAUUUGCGAGACUAUAAUGGGGACAUCAAUUCGUGCACAACAUAAUGAGCAUUCUCCGUACGUAAAGGCCGUGAACAGAUUGGGAGAGUUGUUUUUACUCCGAAUGCUGAACCCAUUUUUCAAUAGUGAGUUCAUCUUCAAGCACAGUUCCAUAGGCAAGGAGUACUACGAUUGUCUGAACACACUCCAUACAUUCACAAGAAAGGUGAUAGAGGAAAGAAAGAAGCUGCUGCAAAAGCAAAAUCACCUAGAAGAUAAGACGGAUGUCGAUAGCGACAAUGUAGAACAACAGAAACGGAAAAGGCCGUUUCUGGACCUUCUUCUUACUGAACACUUGAGAGACUCAGCGAGUAUCAGCGAAGAAGACAUGCGAGAAGAAGUAGACACGUUCAUGUUCGAGGGGCACGACACAACGGCAAUGGGAAUCAGCUGGGCUUUGUUUUUAAUUGGCCACCAUCCAGCUGAGCAACAGAAAAUACACGACGAAUUAGACGCAAUAUUUGCAAGUGACAAGCAUCGACCGGUGACGGCCGAAGAUUUGAGAGAAAUGAAGUACCUUGAAAGCUGCAUAAAGGAAGCACAAAGACUAUAUCCAUCUGUCAGUUUCAUGACGAGAACAUGCGAGGCACCAUUUCAGAUUGGAACCGUAACAUUUCCAGUGGGCACCAUUGUGAGAGUGCCUGUGUACUGCCUUCACCGGGAUGAGAAUGUGUUUCCAAAACCGGAGGAGUUUCAGCCCGAAAGGUUUUUCCCAGAAAAUGCGAAAGGCAGACAUCCUUUCGCUUACAUUCCUUUCUCCGCUGGUCCUCGCAACUGCAUCGGUCAGAAGUUUGCCUUGUCAGAAGAGAAGAUUGUCAUCGCUAAUAUACUACGUCGUUUCAAGUUGAAAUCACUCGAUCAGCGGGAUGAAGUCAACGUAGUUUCCGAAAUGGUCCUUAGGCCAAAGAGUGGCUUGAGAAUGCAAUUCACACCCAGAUGAUGCCCAUGAUGAGUUGGAGGAAACAUUCCCAUUCCCGUUGAGCGUCUGUGCGUGUCUGUGUAUAUGCGUGUGCGUGCGUGUGUACGCGUAUAUGAGAUAGAGAGAAAGAGAGAGAGAGAGAGAUUACGCCUUAGAUAAAAUACUUGUGGCAUGGACGACUACACUGCGCGGAUAUAUGCUGGUACCUUCGGCCUACGUGCUGCUGCAUUGCAAUUUGAAAAAUACCAGGUUUUGUGCUGAUAGUCGAUAAUGACAAGACAAAUAUAAAAGCACGCGGGACUUUCAUAAAUGCCCUAAACACCAGGCUCAAAACGUAUCGUAAUCCGUCGCCUUAAACUAACAAACUAUGCUGCGAGUACCCGAAAUACAGAUGGCAUGACAUCUGCAUCUUGUUUCAGAUGGUAUCUAAGUGAGCACCUGGCCCCAUAUUCACAAAAAGUUCUUGCGCUAGCAUGGUUCUUCAGAGGAAAUUUCAGCCAAUCCUGGUGCAGGAGAUAUUAUUAGAGAAGGUGGCCGGCUGAUAGCAAAGCGCACGUACUAGCGAAAAGCUCUGUCAAUUCGGCCUCUGGUUAUUCGGAUAUUGUUCACAACAUUCGGCUGUGUCUACCCUGAUUAUUUUCGUCCUUAUUUGCCCGUCCCUUCCAAGGUGUCCUUGCUCCUUUUACGCACCUCUUGCAGGAACGUCGCUGGCGGCUUCACUAUUAUGCACACAGGAGUGCGUGACUCCAGCGCAUCUGUACCUGUAUGUCAAAUAAAAUCGGUUCGCAACUACGUUCA